UCGGUUUAAUGGUUUGUCGUACUCGAAUAUUUUGUCAUUAAAUCCAAAUUAAAUACGAGCAAAACUAAGGCUUCUUGGAAAACACUGGUUUAACGUGUGUAUUAGUGUUAUCAAGGUAAUUGUGGUAUCGACUAGACGCGAAAAAUACUCAGUGGUGUUAUUAUCAGGAACCAGCGUCCACCAAAAUGUGGGGCCGAGCGAUGCUGCUCGUGCUGGUAACGUCGCUUUGGCUAACAUCAACGAAUGCCCUCCACGACGCCGAAGACAGUCAGUUAAAGGUCGGAAAAUCAAUAGAUCUGUUCACGAGAUACGGGUAUCUCACUUUAUCCAUGAAGGUGAUUUCAAGGAACGAAACCGACUGGAUAUUCAGGGAACCGACAAUAGACAUAUUUGCGGAUAUCGACAGGUUCACCACGAAUCCAGAACGAGUACCAAAAAGACAGAGGCGAGUAUUCGAAGGAGACUUUCACAUGGAGUUCUGCGACAACGUAGGGCAGUUGGUCCAAGCUUAUUUCAGAGAUUUCACGUUCGAAAAACUCGAUCAACCUUGGAAAGCCUUCACCUCCUCUUGGACGACCGAAACCAUCGGGAGGAACCUUGGGAUCAACGGAUCCUUUAUAGCCAAAGAACAUUGUUACGUGUUAGUGCGGUUAUCUCGCUUUCGCGAUGUCGUUAAGCUCCAAAGGCUACCGAAUAACGUGUUCGUGCUGGAGGAAGCGGCCAAAGAAAUAGACAACAUUAAAAUUGGUGAUGUCAAUAGUGUACUCACGUUCAUCAAGAAGUAUGGAUCUCAUUACAUUAACUCUUACGUUACGGGGAAUUCCUUAUAUCAAGUAUUCGUCUUCAAUAAAACCAACUAUCAACAAAUGAAAGAACGUUUAAAAAAGCAGGGAAUUGCGCAAAUAAGUAAUUUAGAAUUAGGCCAUUACUUCAGUCCAUGGUACGCUGAGCACAUGGGCACUAUAAAAGUCGCCAGCGGAAACCGUUCAGUCGCUAACUGGACCUUGUACAAACUGAGAUACAAUUAUUCUAUUUUUAGUUAUCCGUCGUUACUUAAAAUUCAUGGGGAUCCAAGGCUACUCGGCAGAUUAAACUCACUAUUGGGCAACGAAGCCAUCCUAGAAAUGCAACUGAAGACUUUAGCACCUGCAUUCAAAGACCCUUUGAAGAGACAAUGGUUCGAUGAAGUAUUAGACAAUUUCGUAAAAUUGUGGGAGAGUAAUUUGUAGUAUUGGUGAUCUUCCACAUAAUAAAUGCCCAUUCAAACAUUAUUGUUCCAGCGCAAAUUAAGAGGAGUUAGUUAUUCUACUCUUUAAUGAAAUAUGACUUUUAAGAAUGUGAUUAAAACAAGUCAUUCCUGGAACGACUGGACACCCUUCAAUUGUAACAAGACAAUUAUUAUACGAAACUGUCAGAUUACAUAUAGGUAGGUAUCUGGUAUUUAUCUGUGAUCAUUAUGGACGACUAUUUAAUAAUUUAUCAAGAAGUAUGUACAAAGAUUCCCUACUCAAUUUUAAUAAAUAAUAAUUUAUUACUUG